UUUCUAUGGCUGUUUCUUUGUCCUUUUAAGAAGGAUCACUCCUUUAAACAACGUUUGCAAUAUAUUCAAGAUUCGAUUAUAUAAACUGGCAAAAAAUUUAAAAAGCGUAAAUGUCACACUGAAUUAUAAGAUUACACGUUCCCUGAUUCAGCACUUGAGGGGCAAGUGCUGUUGUUAAAAAGUAAACACUCCACAGUGAACGGUGGGAUUCCCACAUUUCCUGAAAUGCUGAAAGCAACUUUGGCUACAGCUGAUCCUUAAAGGUUUUGCGCACUGAGCAGCGUGUGCUCCAAGCAGACUGCUUUCUUGAAUCAAACGAUACCCCGUCUACAGUGAGGGGAAAGUGGUAGGCUACUCACUGCCUGGACUAUACCAAAAUCUGAGGGAGAGGGAUUUGUCCCUUACCAUCAUAUCCCUUUAUAUGCAUGUAAUUAUUUGCACGCAGAUAAUAAAUAAUAGCUUAAAGGAAAUCCUGUUUAAUGCCAUUCAGAUAAGUCAAGUGUUUUCUAAUUUUCCAUCUUUCGCGACAUGGCUCUGGUUUGGUCAGUACCCCUAUUCCUGGUAAUGGAGAAACUAUGUAACCAAAUAGAAGGCUGCGCUCGAGAUAAUAAAUAUUGGAAUAAAAGCGGCUCUUUUAUUUCCCAUAUGACAAAAUGUCGGUGGCGUUUUCAUCGGCGCGCCCCAGAAGUAAAGGGGAGGUGACACAGCAAACCAUUCAAAAGAUGCUGGAUGAAAAUCAUCAUUUAAUACAGUGCAUAAUGGAUUACCAAAGCAAAGGCAAGACGGCUGAAUGCACACAGUAUCAGCAGAUCCUGCACAGAAAUCUUGUUUACUUGGCCACAAUAGCUGAUUCAAAUCAGAACAUGCAGUCAUUACUACCUGCGCCUCCGACUUCCAGUAUGUCUUUGGGUCCUGGAGGGAUGGGCCAGAGUGGGGGACAUGCUCAAAGUAACCUCAAUGACAACAUGGGACCAGCACUGCCCCCGACAUCAAUGAUGCAGAGCCAAAUGAGUAAUGGGCCCAGCCAUGCCCCCAUGCAGCAGCAGUCUGGUCAGGUGCAGUCGGCUAUUCCCUCCACCUCCCUCAGCCUGCCAGCAAGCAGCUAUGGCAGCUCGCUCCCUGGGUACAGCCACGCUGCGCCCUCCUCCCAGGGCAGCAUGAUCCAGGGCCCUGGGCCUGGUUAUGGCUCUUCCUCCUCUUCUUCCUCCACAUCCUCAUCCUCUUCUUCCUCCUCCCGCAGCAACCUCAACAUGCAUUCCAACCAAGUCUCCAUGAUGCACCAGCAGUCUGCCACACCACACUACUCCUCAGCCCAAGCUGGGGGGCAACAUUAUCAGGGACAGCAGGCUAUGGGCAUGAUGGGUCAGGGCAGUCAAGGAAACAGCAUGAUGUCUCAGAGGCCCAUGGGAUCCUACCGCUCUUCUCAGCAAGGAUCUGCACAGCAGUACAUGGGACAAGACGAGUUCUACGGAGAGCAGUAUGGACACACUCAGAGCUCCAGCGAGCCCAUAAACCAGCAGUAUUACCCUGAUGGUCACGGGGAGUAUUCAUAUCAACAGUCCUCUUAUGGGGAACAAGGGUAUGAUAGAUCAUUUGAUGAAUCCUCACAACAUUACUAUGAAGGAGGGAACUCUCAGUACAGUCAACAGCAGGCCCAGUAUCAACAGAGCUCUGGCCAGCAGCAAGCCUUCAGCCAACAGCAGUACUCUUCUCAACAAGGCUACAGUGGACAGCCCCAGGGAUAUGGUCCAGUCCAGGGAGGAUCGUCUCAAUAUUCUCAGUAUCAGCAGAGUCAAAGCCAACAGUAUGGAUCCUACCGAUCUUCCCAGGGAGGCCCUGGAGCGCAGACGCAGAGGCCGUUCUCCUAUGAACAGGGUCAAUAUGGAAAUUAUCAGCAAUGAGGCAGCACAAUGUUUUGCUGGUGGAAGAAAAUGUGCGAUGGAACAUUCAACAGUAAUGAACUGGGCUCAGCUAUGGAUUAGAUCAGGCUGCCAUCAGAUUUAUUAUCCUCUCAUUACUCAUCAUUCUAGCUAAAAUAAUUAAUCCAGUCAAAUGUGAUGCUUCCCUCCUCUGUUUUAAUUUCAACAGGGUUGUAGCUGGUUGUGGUGCUUGCAAAACCAAGGCAGUUAAUGUAACCAUUCUAUACAAGCUACUAAAAAGGGCGCUGUGGAGUUGUCACAUGCACCUCAGCCACAUGCACAAAUAAACUUGUUCUCUGUCCCCUACCUUUAUUGUUUUAAGAGCUUUUGAUGUUAUUUUAUUUUUGGUGCACAGCGCAAGUGAGACUGUGGGAGUACAAAAAAAAGCUUAUUAGCCUUGAAGAGAAUAUUCUUUGAUAUUUGAUAGAAGACUAUAAAUCUUGCUCUUAUUCCUGGUAUAAACACUGUUAUAUCUCAUGGUACAUCCUUAAAAAAAGGUGAAAAUGUUGGUCGUUAAACCUGACUUGAUCAUGGGGUUUGUCUGUGUUAGUCAAACUGUGAUGUGUUGCUGUGUGGUAUAACAUUAUGUGUUUUCACUCUCUACAUAUGUCUUGCUGAGGUAAUCGACAUAAUAGAUAGUUGACAGACGAAAACUUAACAAUGUGUAUCAUUGUCCAUGAUAAUCUUACAUCGUGGUAGUAUUUUUGACACUAUAUUUUGAGUGGCAUCGCUCUGCGCCGGCUUAUAGCGUCUGUGCAGAGGUAAGGAGUGUUGCGCUCUGAUGCCAUAAAGUAAUGAUUUUUACAUAAAAUUGCAUUGCCACUUUGUCUGCACUUUAUUUUACAGUGACAGUGUAUGUAUUGUCUAAUAUUUUGUAUCGUAGCGUGAUUCAGGCUGUUUUUAAGAGAUGAUACUCAAAAAGCCAAAGUAACACAGGAACAGAACAGUAACAUGUCCUGCACCUCAACUUCAAUAAGUGCAAUACACUCAGCUCCGUCAGUCAUGUUGAGGUUGGCUCUUACGGUGAACUUUACGUGAUUAUAUGUAGUUUUUUUUUGUUUGUUUGUUUGUUUUGUUUUUUUACAUACAGCUGUGAUAAAGACAGAGAUCGUUUGUCUCAAGUUAUUCAGUGUUAUGUUACAGGAAAAGAACAGAAUGUGAUAGACUAUUUAAGAAUAUUACUUCUUUAUUUACGUGACUUAGAGGCAGAUAUGUGAAUAUAUCAAACAUAAAUCUUACUACUUUAGCAGUUUUUUUUCUUUGUAAUUUUUUUUUAUUGCUAUUAUUUGUAUUAGAUCAAGGAAUUCAUGUAAGAAAAAUAAUACAAUUGUUGCAGCAGUAUAAUUUUUGUUCAUGUACAAGAAUUUACCUUUUUCAUAUUUAUUAUCGAUCGAUCUAUCUGCAAGUUAUUUCUUUGUUUAUUUAGUUAAAAAGAAAUCAGACAACUUUUUUUUUUAUUUCUGUGGUUGUGAGGGUCCAACUUAGCAGUAUUCUGUUAUAACAUCUUGUUGUAACUCAACUUACCUCAGAGGGGAAGAAUAACACAACAACUGUGGUCAUUCUGCAGGGGUUAUCAAGGAUGGGAGAUACCUGGCUGUCAAACAGCUGAUUAACUAUGUACCACUCAACACUGACAAUCACAGGCGUCUCUAAAUUGGUAUCAGUUUCUCAUUUUUACUGUGAACCAAACAUGUGCGGCAAGUUGUUUUCCAGUUCUACGUAGUGUGUCAUCACUCAUGGGUGGUAUGCCUUGUUAGUGUGCGUGUCGGUGUGUGUGGAUGUGCGAGAAGGAGAGUUUGAUGUGCAUAAUCCAAAUAUGAAUGUUAUCUACUUAUCUAUUGUAAGACUGCAUCGCCUGAUUUUUUCUGCUGUCUUUUGUUACUAUUUGCUAUACAAAAAUAAAUUGACAUUCACCUUUUGUGUGUCUGGAUUUUGUCAUCUGAACGUGAGUCAGAGAUUCUUUAAUAUUUCAUUGUAUGCUCAUUGGUCACUUCAUUAGGCACACCUGUUCUUCAGAUUACUAGGCAAUAAUUUAGACAACUUAUUAUGCUCAGGUUUAAGCCAAGCAUCAGAAUGAGGAAGAAAUGUGAUUUCUUUACUUUGUAGUUGCUGGUGCCUGGUGGGCCAUCUCUAGGGUUUCCAAAGAAGGGUCUCAAAAAGAGAAAAUAUCCAGUGAAGAGCAAUUCAGAGUAAAAAUGUCGCCAGAGAAGAAUGGCCAAACUGCUUUGAGCUAAGAGGAAGGCAGCUUCUUAAAUCUAUUCAAAGAAGAAGUAAGGCAAUUUUAAAGGCAAAAGGGGGUUUCAACCUGGUACUUGUAAGGUUUACUUAAUAAAGUCUCCAUCAUGUGUA